AUGCCUCCAAACAGGUGUUUAGUCGUUCUCUCUGUAAUUUCAGGAAGGAAUUUUGUUGAUAAACCUUCGAAAAAUAUUAUUGUUGAAGCGAAAUUGGAUAGGGAAGUUCUCUCAACCGAUCCGGUCACUCAUUGUCCUAAUCCAAUUUUUGAGCAAGAACUCGCCUGGGAAGUUGAUCGACUGUGUUUGAGACAAUAUCGACUUCAGAGAGCUUCGAUAAAGCUCCAAAUUUUCUCUGUACAAGGUGCUGAUUCUCCCUCUUCACGAGAAAAUCUUGGCUACGUUAUUCUAGAUAUUCGUUCAGCUACUGAAAGCAAAACUUUCAAAUGGUUCCCUGUACUGAGCUCCAAAUUCCGGCCAUCUCCUGAAAUAUUCUGCAGUCUCUAUAUUGACCCCUGUAGUACUGGAACUAAUGAUACACCUAAAGAUUUAUGCUUAACCCCUCUGUCUGUCCAUCGUUUUGUUGAAAAUUUUGAAAAUCAAAUCGUCGAUGGUUUUCAACUUGCUGAAUCGGAGUUCUUUCCGCUAUCUACUCAAGAGUGCUAUCUUAUCACGAUUGUUCUAGUCUCUAUCCCACAAAUAUCUCAAUUGCUUCCCAAAGAUUUUUCACCCCCGUCAAAGUUCAAGUUAUCGCUACGUUUUCUUGAAAAUGAUCUCUAUUGUUGGGAAUUCUCUGAUGGAGAUUUUAACAAACUAGCGUCUCGUCAAUGUAAAUUUUUAAUCCGCUCCUCUAUGGACGCCAUUAAGGGAUGCUUUCUUCAGCCUAAUCUACUCGAAAUAGGUCUAUUUUCUGAUGACAAGCAUAUUGGUUAUUGUCAUGGAAACCUACCUCUUAUUAGUGAUCAGAUUAAUCCCAAUACUCAAUAUCCUUUUUGUGUUGAUUCUACGUUUACUUUAAAUUCACAAAAUGGUGAUGGAGAUUGUCCUGUUAUUUUACGAUUCAAUGUUUCCAAAUGUGAUAAUCAGCAAGUUAUCAAUUCUCCAACUCCCAGUGAUAAUAACGUGAGUUUCUCUUUUAUUUUAUUUGGUGCUUGUUAUUUUAUGAAAAUGUAA